AUGUUGCGAUCAGCCCUUCGCAGAGCAGCCACGCGAUCUUGUGCCAGCUCGGUGAGCCGCCAGAAGUCUGCACUGGUCACAGGAGGUGUCCAGGGGCUCGGAGAAGCCAUUGCCCGUCGACUCGCUGAGGAUGGGUACAAGGUUGUCAUCGCAGACGUGCAGGACGGACAGAUGCUCGCGGACGAGAUCGAAGGCAGGUUUGUAGAGGCCGAUGUAUCUGAGCCCAGGCAAGUGCAAGCUGCCAUUGCGGAGGUCGUGGCAACCUUUGGGAGUCUGGAUGCCCUUGUGAACCUAGGUAGGAACAAUGCUGGAGUGGUGGGAUCCCAGCAAGUCCGGCUGGGAGAUUAUGACGUUGAGGACUGGAAGCGCGUCAUCGACAUCAACCUGAACGGUGUCUUCUAUGGCCUCAAGUACGGACUGGCGCAGAUGGCGCAGCAAGAAACCGGGGGCAGCAUUGUGAACAUGUCUUCCACUGCUGGAUUCAGGGGAUUCAUCAACUUGGGCCCCUACACGGCUUCUAAGUUUGCGAUACGCGGCAUGACGCGUGCAGCCGCCGUCGAGUACGGAAACAACAACAUUCGCGUCAAUGCGCUCGCACCCGCGGCUUGUGAAACACCCUUGCUCAAAGGCUUCAUCGAGAACAGCCCGAAUCCGAUGAUGACCUAUAACUUCUUGGCGGGUUACCAUGCAAUUCCUGCGCUUCCGCAGGUAAAGGAUGUGGCUGAUGCGUGCGCUUUUCUGUUGAGUGACCAGGCGCGGUAUAUUACCGGACACACCUUGCCCGUGGACGCCGGUACUCUUUGUCGAGUUGCAAAUGCCCCUGAGCGUUUCAAUUAG